AUUGGUAAGUUACAUAUGUAUGUAAGAUUGGUGGUUUUGUCCAAGACUCCCAAGAUAAGCAACCUUCCUGAUUGGUAGUGUUGUGCUAUCAUGGCUCCCCUAAAUAAUAUUUGAAUGACAAUUUAUUUUCUGGGUCGUAUAGAAUAUAUAGAGUUGCACCCUUUUCUUGAAUCAGUCAGUUCCAAUUGUUUUUUUUUUUUUUUUUUUUAAAGGUGAUUGUGAGUUAAACUCUGUCUCCUUUCCCAUAGUACCUGAGAAGCCACAGAAGGAAGAGACUGAUCCCAAUGGCAGGUUCCAAGCUACAAUCUUUCUGGAAUCACCCUGCUGGCCCCAAGACCAUUUUCUUCUGGGCUCCAACUGUUAAAUGGGGCAUCAGUAUUGCAAACGUUGUUGACUUCUCAGAGCCACCUGAAAGGAUCUCUUAUCCUCAGCAAGUUGCUCUUAUGUGUACUGGACUUAUUUAUUCACGCUUCAGCAUGGUGAUUACUCCGAAAAACUGGAAUCUUUUUGGUAAUAGUAUUUUUAUGGCGGGGACAGGAUUGUAUCAAGUAACACGCAAGAUUAGGCACGAUUACAUGGCAGAACUAACUGAGGCAAAAGAACAAUGACAAAAAUCUCUCAGGAGUCAGGACCUACAUUGAAAAUGGCUUGAUUUUGCUAGCUUUCGUAUUUUCUCAACUCAUUGUCAAUCUCAAUCAACCGAAUGUGACAGAAGGGACUUGUUCUGUUACAGUUCUAAUAAGUUAAUUAAUCCAAUGAA